GAUCAAUGUAUUCGCGUGCGCAAGUGCGCUUUGCUGUCACGGCUGACACCGUUUGUUUUCUGAUGAGCGUGUGUCAUGGUGUCAUGCUUGUCGAGUUGUAUGUGCUGUCGCGAUAAACCACUCCAUGGCCAAGUGUAAAAUAUAGCGUUGUGAAUGUUUCGAGAAGAUGCGGUUAUUUUUGGGCCUUUUGUUGUUGUGCGUCCCUUCGAACUGUUUCCCCGACCAAGGGAAGUGGUCUUUCAAGGCUGAUAAUGUGUCCAGUCAAUACUUCGCCGUUCAGAAGAGCCUCUACAACGGAUCCACGGUGUCCGUGACAGUCUCCUGCGAACCCAGUAUACCGGGGAGCGCGCUUAUGCUCGAAGUGGGCUGGACGAUAUACCGCAGUCCCUGCUUCCAAGAGUUCCUCGAUGUUGACCUUUUGACGCAGGAGCAGCUAGCCGGGCUGGACGCAGGCGCAAAGCUGUUUGAUAUGGCCAGCCCAUACAGUCGCGGCGACAUCGAGCGCCACCAGUGCAUGCACCUGAUCGACCUGGGAGCGCUCCGACACACUUCACCGCUCAAAGAGUUCCUACCAAAGGCAAAGGAUGCAGGAGGCAACAAGACGACAGUCCGGCCAACAGCGGCACCGCAGCUGUCCAGCGUGAAUGAUGACGGCAUCUACAUGCUCCUGCUGCAUCUGCGCUCUGACGACAACUUUUCCGUGCAAGUGGACUUGGCCUUGCGGGGCAGCCAUGGCUACUUGUCGGCCGUCGACUGGCCCUUCCUGCCGUUCUACGGCGUGAUGUGUGGCGUGUAUGUGGUGUACGCCGUGGUGUGGCUGGUGGUGUCGGCUCUCCAGUGGCGAGACCUGCUGCGCAUCCAGUUCUGGAUCGGCGGUGUCAUCUUUCUGGGCAUGCUGGAAAAGGCGGUCUUCUACGCCGAAUACCAGUCGAUCAACACAACGGGCCGCUCGGUGCAAGGUGCCGUGCUCUUUGCCGAAGUGCUGUCAUGCCUGAAGCGUUCCCUGGCACGGCUCCUGGUGGUGGUGGUCAGCUUGGGCUUCGGCAUCGUCAAGCCCCGGCUGGGGCCCAUGCUCCACCGUGUGCUGGGUCUGGGGGCCGCCUACUUUGUGAUGGCCUCCGUCGAGGGGUGCCUGCGCACACUCAAGCCCAAGAACACACCUGACCGGUUGCUGGUGGUCCUGGGAAUAGGGCUGGCCCUGGUGGACAGCGUCAUCUGCUGGUGGAUCUUCAGCAGCCUGAGCCAGACGACACGCACACUGCGGUUGCGUCGCAACAUCAUCAAACUGUCCCUAUAUCGUCACUUCACUAACACUCUGGUGUUCGCCGUCCUGGCAUCCGUCGUGUUCAUGGUGUGGGUGACCUUCGAUCACCGCACAGUCGAGUGCCUGACGGACUGGAAGGAGCUGUGGUUUGACGAGGGCUACUGGCACUUCCUCUUCUCCCUGGUUCUGCUGGUCAUCAUGGUCCUCUGGCGGCCAACGAACAACAACAAGCGGUAUGCCUUCACUCCUCUGCUGGAUGCUGCUGACGACGAGCUGGAGGAGGAGGAAUAUCAGCAGCAGCCUCAUGAUUCUUUCGAGGGCAUGAAGAUGCGAGCCACCAACAAGCCAGCGACGGGCCAGCCAGCCGCCAACAAGGAGGAUCCGGAGGACGACCUCAAGUGGGUCGAGGAGACCAUACCCUCAUCCCUGGGAGAAACGGCUCUGCCCAGCCUCCUGGACUCAGACGAGGAAAUCAUGACCGUGCGGUUCGAACGGAACAAGAUGGAGUGAGGACAGAGCUGUGUUUGUGUGUGUACAGCGAACGGGCCAAAACACCGGGAAGCACGUCCAGUGCGCCCGAACUGUGGGACAAGAAAUGUGUCUGCCAUUCAUUCGAUCGAGGCUUCCUCUGCAAUCCAGAACCACUUCCGGUGCGAGAAAAGCUACGCACGGAUUAUCACUUUGGUUGUUAUAAUACCUUCCCCCUCCCUCUCCGCCCGGUAACUUCCCUAUUUAUUUCACAUAGCCGACUGGCCUGUUGAAUUGUUACAUAAAGUGUGUGGUUCCUUCCUGGUCUUCUUACUAUACACAUCGAUCUAACUGUGUUUGCUUUGUUUCCUUUUGUGAUGGAAUGGCGGCACUCUAGUCUCCACGAAAUGAAUGCUGCCAAUCGCUAGCGAGCGAUAUGGGGGAGACAUUUUUAAAGCAAUUGAACUGAUGCACAGCUGUCUAUUGCUUUUCGCUUCGAGAAUCAAUAGAGUCAUAGAAGUGCACAUACUAAUAAGAUACGAAAAACGGGACGGGGCAGUUUUGCACAGUCAUCUAUUCUUGCAGGUUCAAGCGAUCGACGCGCUUUGCAUGGCAAAGCAUGCUUGUAUUCUUGUCGUGCCGUCCUUGCCAUGUCUGUGUGGUGGCAAGACUUCCCUGUGUUUAGAUUCUGUAAAUAAUAAACGAGAACCUUCAAGC